CCCUCCCUGAGUCCCAGGCCGCUUUGGUCUUUUGACUUUGGUACAGUUUUAAAUUGGCCUGUGCUUUCCAAAAGCAGGGGCUUUCGUUUUCUAACAUGGUUUUGCAACUAUCUUCUUCCCAGAGUUGGCUGUUCCUUUCUCCAACUCGCUGCCUAGCUGCAUCUGCUGCUUUAACACUUGUUUCCGUGGAAGGCAUGUUGCAUGGUGCGACUGGCUCAGAUCCAUCCCUCUCCACUGUUUUAGAGGACUUUUAUCAGAAGGGACAUCAAAGUAGGUAGCUGAGAUUCCAGCAAGAGUCUCGCAUUAUCUUUAAGGGACAAAGGUGCGAUGUUCCAGUACCAGCACCGUUUUCUGCAGGAUCACGUUCAUUUCAAUGGAGCAAAACAAAAAGCAAAAAAACCCCACCCCUCUCUGAGACUGACCAGAAAGGCAAGCUUGGGGAGUUAUUCCCUUUACCAGCUGUUCUUUCUUUCAUAAGCUUUGGUCUUCUGGAAUCCGGGCUGCUAAGCACCUGCAUAGUUCCAAACAGUAUAAGCAACAUGUGAUUGGCAUCUAAAUCUUCUGCAGAGAGCAUCAUGCAUCUGGAAUCUCCCUCUUUCUAAUUCCACUUAGGGCAGAGGAAACUCUUUCCAGAAAUGGCAGAUUUCCUAGAGACUUUUCCAGGCCUGCAUGAAAAAGCCCUGUUGGCUUAACUGUUAAGGCAGGUGUUCUACCCCCAUCACACGAUAGUAGCUUCUUGACCAUAUUGACAUACUGCGGCUCUCAGGGAAUCUCAGAUGUUUGGAGCUGUGACUAGAGUCCAAGCCAGUGCCUAUGUGGACUUCUGCUGAUCUUGGGCUGAGUGUACUUCACAGCACCUCUUAGGCUAGAGUCCUCUUACAGGCCACAGUCAGACAGCACAAGCCAUUCUUGAAUUUUCCAGGUUCCAUUAGCAUGGUUAAGUCGGACUAUGGAGAGCCCCUGUGAGUGCCCUCUGCGAGCAGCGGAUGUUGCUCUGACUCUGUAAGAGUGCAGGUCUGCCAGCAUUUCCUAGACAGAUACAGUCUGAUGCCAUGGGUUUUAGCAAUUCCAUCAUUGCUGCCAAGUAUCUGUGCCCAUUUGAUGGCAGAUCUUCGUUCCUUUGAGAAGUUGAAAGAUACCCUCAGUCCCUCUUGAAGCGUUUUGGGGUUCCAGCCCAGUUGUAUCUUCUCCUUUCACCUCUUGCACACGUGCAGAGGGGAUUGCUUUGUUAUGCCCAGGCAGACCAACAGUGUGCCCAGUGGAUCUGAUGGGACAUAGCACUCUUGACAGGGAAAAGCAUGAUGCCAAGAGGCUUCCUUAAUUGUUCAGUUGGCAGACAGGCGUGAAUCUGUUUUGAACAGGAAUUUGUGCAUGGGUCGAGGUGGGGGAGGUGAGCCAGGCUGUUGUUUCACAAAGGGAAGUUUUUUGCUGAAGGCUUUGGACAUUUGUCUUUGCAUGUGGAGAGGGAAUUCAUUGUAGUCUCCCAGGCCAUCUUCAUGUGCCUGCUUUUGGGGCUGAGGCUGGGAGAAAGCAGUAAACUCGCUGUGCCAGAUCUCCCUGUGUAAAGAUGGGGUGCGAGGGAAUUGCUGGCCCUCAGUAUUUGCUGCUGGGUUUGCCACAGAGUAGAGCAACCAGAAGGUGUGUAGACCAAGCAUAAUGCAUUUGAGUACCAAGCACCCAGUAGAAGUGAGACUGCUGCUCUACAGUGGUUAGCUGAACUGUCCAGGGGACAGCAGUGACUUUCAGAAAGGAGGAGCUUAUCUGUCCACAGGAAGGGCGGGCACCACGGUAUCCUGCCAGUAACAUAGCUAUCAUGGGGGAAGGAUCAGUGUCCACUGGUGCCACCGGAAAUCAGGCCUGUAAGUGAGCAGUCAUGGCAGAGAGGGUCUUGUGAAAUGCUGUGUUCUCAGAAGCAUCUGUGCCCUGGGGUUGCAAUGGGGAGAGAGACUUUGUAGAGGGGGUAAGUGAGUAGGGGAACCCAGUGGAUGUGGGGCAAUGGUUUUGAAGGCACUUAGUGGAGUGGAUCUUUCGGCAAGUUGGACAAAAAGGCAUCUCAUUGCAGGGUGCUCAGUGUGUGUUACCAGCGCACAGCUGAGAAUUUCCCGAGAUUGGCCUCUCAAUUGUGAAAUGCUGCAAAGCUGGAAUCUCAGCAAGCAGAGUACCCCGCUGGGUUAGUUUACUUAGACUCGGACUGAAACAGGUGUCAGAACAGACCCGUAAAAAUCCCAGGAAGCUCUCUUAUUUUUCAGGAGUGCAAAGGUCCCUUCCCCUGCCUUUGGCUGACCUGUCACCGUAGCUGGAUCCUCUUCUGCCGCUGUCACGCUUCAUCAAAGCAGCACACUUUGCCGCCUUCCACUGCCCUUCUGGUUUAAACCACAUGCUAACACCGCUGAACAAGUGUAGCAGGUGUGCAGCCUUAGACUCAGCCUUCUAGAGAGGGAUGUUUGCCAGCCCGUUUUCUGCCCCUUGAUGUUGCUGGCUUCCCUUCAUGCUGUGGCCACCCGCUUGUCUUCUAGCCCCCAGGGAAGGCAUCAACCUUGCAGAAACCUCUUCUAACCUCUUUCCUACUUCCACGUCACAAAGGUGACUCCUUAGUGGUUCUUUAGGUAACUGCCUGUGUAAGCAGACCAGGGUUUUAGUGAUGGACACUUGAAGUCACUUGCCUCCAUUUUUUUUUUCCACACGCCCCCUGCUUUGUGCAAAUGUGAGUGUUUUUUGAGAAGGCUUGUCUGUUUCCUACCCCAUGGGGGGCAAGGGCUUGAUUGCUCCUGUCUGUGCACCUCCUGUUUUGUAUGGCAUCUGUCCCAAAGCAUGAGUGGGCUAAAGCACUGCAUCUUUCUUUCCAAGAUGGCUGAUGGCACAGAGGUGCUGGCCAGGGCUGGACGGCCUCUGCUCAGCAACUCUGGGCUGUGAGCCCUGUGCCAGGCCCCACAACGUGGCCUCUACCCCAUUCGGGGUCAGGAGUGAAGGGGGGAGCUGAGGCAGCUGGGAUCCCUCUCUUAAAACUGGGGAGAAGAGGAAGACACUGCCAAGAUAUUUGUUAACCUCAUUGUUCAUCGCCACUUGGGAACUUACCGCCAGUGGUGAUUUCUGUCCCCCUUCACUCUGCCUCAGUUAAUGGCGUGCCAGCUCUGACUGUGGUUUUGUUCAUGCACUCUGGGCUUCUGGUACUGGCUUUUCACAAGACAAAGUCAUUUCUUCGCAAAACCUCUCCUGUGCCAGAGGCUCUGCAGAUGGAUUUUUUUCAAGCAGAUCACACUUUUUGGCCCUGCCAGCUCCUGCUGUGGGCCUUUUAGCCCUUUCUUCUCCCCAGGGAAAAGAUUAGCUGCUAUUUCAAAGCAAGAGGCUCAUCAUAACAUUGCUAAGUGGUGUUUGCAAACCUUGGAGCUGUGAAACCAUAGUUACCGGAGCCGUGCGCCUGCCAAAAUUAUCCAUGCAACCGAUCGGGGGACACCGAUCCACGAGCCCUCCUCAAUUCCGAUUGGCUUGUGACUUGACAGCACGCUGACCCAGAGGGGGUCUCUCCCAGCCUGUUAAUUAGCGGAUGCUCCUCCAACAGGAGUCCCGAGCCAUCCCAUUGCUGUCAGUCGGUGGGGCUGAGCUGGGAUCAGGAGUCCUGCUCUCACAUUAGUCACAGACGGGAGGAAAGUAAUCGCCAGCCCAGUGGGCCGUGGGCGUCGGGAGCACUGUGGAUGACUCAUGGCUUCCCCAUGCAGGAGCUAUUGGGCCUUUCCCCUCCUCUCUAGUAUCCAUCUGAGAGCUGCUGGGAAUGUAUUCUGUAUCCCACACAAGCACAUGCAGCUAGCAUGCUGUCAGGCAAAGCACAGUCUCCAGUUUCCAUGGGAACGCCAGUGCCAGGGUCUCUGUUCCUUCAGCACAGCAUGCAGUGUUCCUAAUGGGGUGAGGGGGUGAGCAGCAGCACAGAUUGGGGAGAGUGGGUGUUAAUUACCCCCUUGAUUGACUAAUGUUCAUCCCUGUAACCCUCUCUGUGCUGGCUUCCCCUCUGCUGGGGUUUAGCUAGCUGCUGCGCAGCACAGUGCUGUUACACAGCGAGUGGCAGGGACUGUAUGGACAGGUGAUGACAGAGCCCCCACGAGAGGGUGAACCAGGGCAGGUUGAGACUCCACUUUUGGUCAGAGCAGUAGGCGAGAGCUGCUGCUUCCAAGUGCAAAGAGUCUCCAUUGUACUUUCAGUAUUAAGCAUUUAGACCUCGCGGUGCCCUCUACCUCCAUCCAGUGUAUCCUGAGGGAGGCAGAGAACCCCACUGCACAGGCCUUAAUGCCUGGACAGCUCCAAAAAAAACCGAACUGGUUCCCAGGAUGGCGCUAGGCCACCACCCCAGUAUUUGUUGUGCGGGGAAGAGGGAUCUUGCCCUUCAGAGGCCCGCGUGAGAACAGGAGGGGCUUCCUUGCUCCCCUCAUCCCAGUACCAAGCAUUGUGAAUACCUAGUGCCCCCCUUCCUCUAUUCCUCCUGGGCCAUCUAGCUGCAGAAGCUCAACAAAGGAGACUUUGCAAAAAAAACAAAAAACAAAAAAAAAAAACCCAACAAAAAACCCAAAAUAGGGAGGAAAAAAAAGAAAAAGGGGGAAAAAAAGCCAAGCAGGCCCUAAGCCCUGGAGCACAGUCAGUCCAUGCGACUCUGGCCAUGUAGGGGCAGCGCGCUCGCACUCACUCCUUUCUCCGGAUGGCUGUCUCAAGCAGCCUGGGGUUUUUUGCAUGUUAUAGCAAGGUGCAUGUAACAAGGAGGGAGUCAGCAAUGGGUUUUUUGUUUAAGCUUUGGGAACAAAGGUGCGUUCACCUUGUAUAGGGAGAACCUUUGAUGGUGAUAACAUCCUGCACACCCACGGGGAGGGCCCUUCUCAGCACGCUGCAACACUCAGAUAUGUCUUACCUAGCUAGAUUCUCUGAACAGAGCCGCUUGGAGGCUGGCCUGCCUCACGCCACGAGAACCGCAGAGCCCCUAGGAAUGCGUGUUGGGUGCGAUGGUGAUGUGAGGUUCUCCGCUGAAGGAUCCUAUGCCCGUUGCCUGGAGACUGCCUCCUUUUUUUUCUUGCUUUUUUUUUUUUUUUUUUAGUUAUGUUUAAAGAAAAAUGGUGACAAAUGUUAUUUAUUGGCAGAAAUUAUUUAAUAUAAUUUCUCUUCUUUUUUGUGAACAAGGAAUGAAUUUGUUAGAACUGUCUUACUGUAAAUGGGAAGUCAUCUUUAAGAAAAAAAAAGUUAAAAAUUAAAUGACACGGUCGUUCGGCUCCGGGGUCUUUCCUUGAAGUCUGAUGCCCCACGGCGUAUUGGAGCACUGACAGCUUUCCUGGUGAGUGGGCUUCAGAAAGCAGCACCUUGCUGGGGAUGCCUUACCCAGGGGAGCCAGCCCAACUGCUGCAGCUGUCUAUUCCUAGGUGUCAUGGCUUUUUUACGAGCAGCCAAAGGACGCACUUGGAUCAGCUGGCGCAGGGGCAGAGCGAGAGGCUGUACGCCCACGAAAAGAGCUGGAAGGCAGAGGCCACCAAGCAAGCAGGAGCUGGGGAGGUGUGGCCAAGCCGUUCUGCUUGAAGCUGGUCUCCACUGUGGCUUCUGCCUCUCCAGCCUAGGCACAGUCCUGCUUGGAGCAGCAAGACCCUCAAGGAUAACCUCUGGAGCUGCAGGUCCUGUGCAAGCCACCCUGCUACUGCUCCGGCCCAGAUGAAACAGAGAUGGCAUCACCAACUGGCGGCUCCGGGACACUACGGUCCCUGCGGGGCAUCCCCUGGGCCAUGGGGAGCCCCCUCCUAGCAGGCAAUGGGUCCUCGGCCUCCAGCCUCUCCUCACUGCAGGCCCCUGGGGCACCGAGCUCCCUGCGGGGGCUCAGCCUGGAUGACUUCAUCCCGCCCCACCUCCAGAAGGAGCUGUCCGCCACCAGCCCCCUGGCUUCUCCCAGGGCCACGUCCACGCCACAGCCUACAUGGACCCCGCUGCGCUGCCGAGUGACAAGGGUGCCCAUGAUCCGGGAUGGCGGCUCCAACACCCUGAACUUCGACUUCCAUGACACGGCACCACGCACGGUGUGCCACAGCACCCCUGAGCAGUGGGGGACAGCCCCAAGAAGCCCUGAGAGUGACUGGUACCAAACCUGGCCUGACAAAGAGCUGAAGGCACCAGGCACCUCCACGCUGCCACGGCCCAGCCUGGCUGGCCCUGCACGUCACCCCAUGGAGAACGGCAUGGCACGGGUGCCUGCCAUGGCCCCCCGGCCAGCCGGCUGGUCGGCCACGUGGACCAAGGACAGUAAGAGGAAGAACAAGCGCUGGGUGAAGUACGAUGGCAUCGGGCCGGUGGAUGAGACGGGGAUGCCCAUUGCCUCACGAUCUAGUGUGGACAAGCCGCGGGACUGGUACCGGAGCAUGUUCCAGCAGAUCCAUGGCAAGCUCUCGGAGCCACAGCUGGACUGGGAGUCCCCCCGCAGCUCCACAGAUCUGCAGCCUCCGGGGCUUGCGAAAAAGGGCCUGACGCUGCAGAACGGCCUGGACUGGAGGGGCUGUGACGUGGCUGCAAUGGAGCCCAGGAGCAUUUUUGACUAUGAGCCCGGGAAGUCGUCUGUUCUCGACCACCCUGCCCCGGCAGCAGAGCCCCACUCAGGAAGUGCUGACAGCUGGUACCAGUUUCUGCAGGAGCUGGAGACUGGGAGCCUGCCCAGGAAGCGCCUGGCCGAGUCUCCUGUGGAGCGGCGCCCGCCAUCCCAGCCCAUCGAGGAGCUGUGCCCGGCAAGUGAUGAUCAGCCUCUGCCUGCCCCCCAGGUGCAGCUGGAGAGGGAGCUGGAGCAGCUGAGCAGGCAGCUGGACAAGGACAUGAGAGCCAUGGAGGCCCGUCAGCAGCCUGGCAAGCGCUCGCCGGAGGUGCUGGCUGCCUGCUCCCCUGCCCCGGCCUCUGCCAGCCGCAGCCCGCAGUGCGCCCGCCGUGCUGACCCAGCCUUGGGGCAGAGCCCGCUGGCUGCCCGACGCUACCCACCUGCCAGCCCCAGCAUGGAGAGAGGGGGCCUGGGUUUAGCCCCGGUGGACUGGAGCAGCUCGCCCACCUGGAAAGACUCCCCGCAGCAUCCUGGGAACAGCUCUUUGGCUGAUGGGGUUCAGGCCCUGGCUGAGCUGGAUGGGCCAGUGAAGAGAGAGGAGAAGAAGAUGAAAGCCGCUCGUGUCAAGUUCAACUUCCAAGCUGAGUCCCCAAAAGAGCUGACACUGCAGAAGGGCGACAUUGUCUACAUCCACAAGGAGGUGGAUAGGAACUGGCUGGAGGGUGAGCACCAUGGCAGGCUGGGCAUCUUCCCGUCCAACUACGUGGAGGUCCUGCCUCCCACAGAAGCCCCCAAGCCCAUCAAGCCCCCAACCUUCCAGGUGCUGGAGUACGGGGAGGCCCUGGCACUGUACGGCUUCAAAGGGGACCUGCCGGUAGAGCUGUCCUUCCGUAAGGGUGAGCGCAUUUGCCUGGUCCGCAGGGUGGACGAGAACUGGUAUGAGGGGCGCAUCUCUGGCACCAACCGCCAGGGCAUCUUCCCGGCUACCUACGUGCAGGUGGUGAAGGAGCCGCGUGUCAAGGCCUCAGAGGAGUUCCCCUCCUCCCCUGGCCCGGCCCUGCCUCUGUCCCCAGGCCCGCUGGCCCAUGCCAGCUCCCCACUCCAGCGGUGUGCGCCCAACAGCUGGCAUGCCAGCCCCUCACCCCCAUUGGUCUCAGGCUCUCCCUCAGCCCAGCGGCGCGGUGCAGAGGGGACCGCUCUCUCCUCCUCCCCGCACCACUUUGGCUUCACUUUCCCAAGCUCCCCGAAACUGCAGCAUGCUGGAGCAUCACCCAGCCUCCCUCAGAGUCUCCCACUGGCCUCUGGAGGUGCUGCCUUGCUCUCCACCCAGAGCCUGGGUCCCAGGAGCCCACAGCCACUGUCACCCUGCCGGCUGCAGGAGACUCAGCAGCCGGUGGUGCCUUCCUUGCCGGUUGGGGCCCCCGUCUCCCCGCAGAGCUCUGCCCUCCAGACCUCAGGACCUGCCAGCUCCUGCCCCGUGGCUUCCCCAUCCAGCAAUGGCUCCAACAUCCAGUGGACGCGGUACCGGGCACUUUACCAGUACAAGCCCCAGAAUGAGGACGAGCUGGAGCUGCGUGAGGGUGACCAGGUGGACGUCAUGCAGCAGUGUGAUGAUGGCUGGUUUGUGGGCGUGUCCAGAAGAACCCAGAAAUUCGGCACUUUCCCUGGCAAUUACGUUGCCCCCGUGUGACCAGCGCACCCACCCUCUCGCCCCAGCGGGGACCACAAGGAAGCUGCCUCAGCACCUCCAGUUUCUCCAGCCAGGCCCGAGGCAAGGGCCCAGCUGACCUGGCCAUGACGGGCCCUGGAGACACGGAAAGCAAGGAGGAGAUGAGGAUGGACCUGCUGCAGCCCUGUUCCUCUCCCCGGGGGGCUUCUGGGCACUGGGUGCUGCCUCGGGGAUGGGUGCUCGACAGGGGAGGACCCCACUGUCUGGGCAAAAAACCCUCCCGCCUGGCCGUGACUUGGUCACAUAGCUCUGCUUUUCCAGCUCUGCUUGCUGGGACCGGUCCCCUGCCUUAACCUCCCACUGGGGACCAGUCCCCUGCCUUAAUCCCCUCCAUGGAGCACCUACUAACAGGGACCAAGAGAUCACUGUGAUGGGCCUGCCUCAGGGGUCUCCCUGGCACAUAGACCUCCUUCCCGUGUCUGACUGGAGCUACCUCUCAGCCUGUGCCUUGUUUCAGCAGCCAGGAAGGUAGCUGGCAGCUGGAGCGCUGAAGCCAGGGCCAGCUUGUUCUUCCUCUGCUCCAGCCCCAGCCCCAGCCCUGGGAAGGCCCGUUCCCCAAGGGAUGCAACAAGCAACUUGCCAGCCCCCAUGGGAGCCCCUGGAGCAUGGGUUGGGAACCCCAUGGGCCAUGCUGGAUCCCAGGUGUACGCACGGGCGACAGUCGUGAGACCACGAGUCCCUUUUGCCGCAGAUGGAUGGGGUCGUGGCAUCAUCCAACCUGAUGGAGCUGCGUGUCAGGGACUGUGCCCCUCACCUCCAAGCCUUAUCUGCUUGUUCUCUGUGAUUAAACACCAGCCUCCCCGCA